UCAUGUUUACACAGUUACUUCCUGAUGUUUGGACAGGAAGCAGCUUCACUGUUUCACGACAGCAAGGAAGUCAUGGAACUGUGAAUUUUACUUUGUUGGAAGUAUUCUGUAGUAUAACUACAUUGUGAAUGCCCUUCAAAAUAAAGAUCACCAUGACUGUGACCAGUCAAGAGUGAUGCUUUUAUUUUGAAGGCUUCUGAGAGAGGUUUAAAUAUCAGAGAUAAAAAUAUCUCGCUGUGCAAACAUGAUUCCGUGUGUGCUUUUACUUUGUCUCCUUCACGCCAUCAUGGCUGAAAACAGACUCGUCUCCGUGGACUUCGAGGUCUUCGGGAACGUGCAGGGAGUGUGCUUCAGGAUGUACACGGAGGAUCACGGGCGCAGUCUGGGGCUCAGCGGCUGGGUGAAAAACACCAGACAGGGCACUGUGAUUGGUCAGGUCCAGGGACCGUGGGACAAAGUCAGUGACAUGAAGCACUGGCUGAAGAGCGUUGGCAGUCCGAGUUCCCGAAUUGAUCGAGCCGUGUUCUCCGACGAGCGAGACAUUUCCAAAGUGGAGAUCCACGGGUUCUCGACUCGCUACUGAGCACGCUCACACACCUGAUCUGCAGCUGACUACAAAUCUGACAGUAUUGAUUAUUGAUUGGUGACAUCACUGUUUCCAAUGUUUAAUAUGAUCAGAGAAAUAAAGUGUAAAGAUUUACUGUU